UUUCCUGCCUUUCUGGGAAAGUUAAGGUUGAACUGCAGAGCCUGACCCUGAGCAGGCCCUUGGUAUUCCCCUGAAGAUAGGGAGGGGUUUAGGGGUGGUUUUGUUUUUUUUUUUUUAAACUGACUCGGGUUCAUUUCUGAAGCCUUUCUGUGGCAUAAACAUCUGGCUGUUUCAGAGAGCACGAAGAAGCUGGAAUUGAUUUCUACCUUGGUGAAAGCUGUUGGUCGUUGGUGCUGAACAGAAGUCUCAGCCCGGCAGGAGCAGGUUUGUGCCAAGCCUCAGACACAGGCGCAGGGAAAACGAUAAGGACGACUCCAGCGUGCACUUCAAGAUGAAGCUAAGGAGUGCUUCUAACACAAACAGCCGCUGCCCACUGACCAGCGGACCCAAGAGGACUCUUGUAGCUAGCACUGCGCAUGCGGGGGUGAACUGGCUUCCCCCAGCACAGCUGACUUUCCUGCUGGUGCUCUGUGCCCUGCAGACACCCCCCGGGAGCACUGAGGUUGCGCUUAAAAUUGACUUGGACUUGACACCGGAUUCCUUUGAUGAUCAGUACCAAAGCUGUAGCAAACAGGUCAUGGAGGAGCUAAGUCAAGGAGACUAUUUCACAAAGGAAAUAGACGCCCAUAAGAAUUACUCCAGGGUAUGGCAAAAAAACCACUUAACCUGGCUGAGCCAAGUGAAAACCCUCCCCAAAGACAUGACCACUAUGCAUGCUGUGACUGUCUUGGUCUACACCUUCGAUCACAGUGUGCGCUCUGACUUUUCUAAGGCAAUGGCCAGUGCUGCACGGUCUCCCAAGCAGUACAAACAAUCAUUCCACUUCAAGUACUUACACUACUAUCUCACAUCAGCAAUCCAGCUGCUAAGGAAAGCCACCAAGAAUGGUACUCUAUGCUAUGAGGUACACCAUGGGAUUCAGGAUGCCCACUUUAAAGCCAACAUCGGUGCUACCAUUCGAUUUGGCCAAUUCCUCUUCACCUCCCAGCUAAGAGAAGAGAUGCAGAAGUUUGGAAACCAAACACUAUUCACCAUAUAUACUUGCCUGGGUGCCCCUGUGCAACAGCUCUCCCUCAAGAAGAAAGUCUUGAUACCGCCCUAUGAGUUAUUUGAAGUUGUAAAUAAGAGCUACAGCCCAAAAGGAGAUUGGUUAUACCUGCGGUCAGUUGGGAACCUGAGCACAUACAAUUGUCAGCUGCUAAAAGCUUCCAGCAAGAAGUGCAUCCCUUCUCCCAUGUUUAUAGCUUUCCUGUCCAUUUUGGUCAGUGUUGUUAUUCUUCCAAACACAACAUGCAAUGGAAUUCAAUGGCUCCUUUUUAAAGAAACUAUUGAAAUUUUUUGCUGGCUUUUUUUGUCAGCAGAAGCUGAGAUUCAAAGUUUCCCUCAUGCCACAGAAGACAUGGGCGACAGAAGCUGGUGGAAAGAAACAAGCUUAUUCAGUCAGCCCUAAAUAAAGCAGGAGAUGGCCUUGAAUCCCCAUCUUAGGGCUUUUGUAUGUUACCUUACUUGCUGCCAUCACAAAAAAGCAAGACAAGAGGCAAUGCGAGAGGAAGGGUUUCUGCGGGAUGACAGUUUGGGAAGACAAUCCAUGGCGAAGAAAGGCUGGAGGCAGGAGCAUGAGGCAGCUGGUCACAUUGCAUAUGCAGUCAGGAAACAAAGUGAGGACAGGAAGUGAUGCCAGGUCAUCAAAUCCCAAGGCCUACCUCCAAUGAUUCACUUCCUCCAACGAGGCUUCACCUCCUGAAGAUUCCACAACCUUGAAAAUAUCACCACCAGCAGAGGACUGAGUGCUCAAACCAUGAGCCUAUGAGGAACAUUUCACAUUCAAACCACAGCAGGGCAUUAAUGUACAAAGAGCUCUUACAGGAGAAAAAGCAGCAUACAGAGACAGACCACAGGCUGAAAGUUCCUGUCCUACGCAGGAUCUUUGUGUUCUACAACACUGUCUUCUUUACUCUCGUCUGGCAGGAACCUCACCAAGGCCUUGCUUCCCUGCAGCUGGUUAACCUGAACCUGAAGAAGGCCAGGAUAAACGCUGUAUGUGGCUUCCCCUUUGCUAGUCCUGUUUGGUCUCCCCUUUAAGCCUUGGUCUUAACCAGGCAGGACACCCUGAGUACCCUUGGGGAAUCACUCUGCCUAGCUAUCAUUUCAUGCAAAGGCUGGCUCAGUUCACUUGCCUAUGAGCAAGCCUGAACCAGUCAGCUUAUUUCUUCUCUAUAGUCAGAGAGAUCCAUGGUGAGAUAGAAUCCAAUGAUAGCCUAUGAAAUAUAACCAGGGUACCUUUGCAAAAUUAGUGUUAGGAGCAGGGUGGGGACCUCUUUUCUGAGUGGAGAUGAAUAAAAAUAGAGUUGGAAUGCACUGACAUCUCUUGAGACAUCUCACCUCCGAGAGAGGCACGUCUGCCUCCCUGAGACAGGAACUCAAUGAAGGCAGUGCUGAGAAGCUGAGCUCUGGAAAGAAGAAUGACUCUCUAGAGCCAACCAUGCCUGAAGCUUCAUACAUUAAGCUUGAUCACUGCAUGAAUCAAUAAACUCUGUCUUUGCUACAUAAUUGGGGUUAUGUUUUCUAUCACAAGCAACUGGAGGAGUUCCGAUGAAUACAAACUUUCACUUAUUUCUAAUUUAUUGAUCCUAAACUAACAAAUCCAAGAAGAAUGAGUUGGAAAGCAAAUGACAAAUCCUUCAAUAAAUUGAAAAGCUUUGAACUGUAGAGACUUAAUAAUCAAGGUGUGAUUUCUCAUCAGAUUUUUUUUUCAAAUCAGCAUCCAAGAUCAAAUUGGUAUAUUGUCAAAUGAGACGCUAUAUGGAAACCUGAGAAAUAAAAAUUAAUGAUGGUAGUUGAAAUCUCAGUCACGACCUGUAACAAGCUCCUACAAUCACGUUCCUAAAAGAUUAUUAGAAAUUAAAAUUUAAACUCUUCAUUUAUAGACUAGA